AUGUUGCUAUUGGAAUCACAGCAGAAUGUAGCUCAGUUUCCGUUUACCAUCGACACGAAGGUGAAGAUUCGUGUCAGCCAACUCCAAGUCACCAUACCUGGUCAACCAACUCAUCUUUGUAAUCACUAUCACUGGCUGGACUGGCCUGAUCGAGGAGUGCCCGAGGCCGAUCUGGCUCCUGUUCUGCUUCUUGGAAAACUGAGAGAGUCUACAACACCCAUCAUUGUACAUUGCUCAGCUGGAAUAGGAAGAACGGGAUCAAUUGUUCUCAUAGAACAUGCAUUGGAACUGCUGUGCCGGAAUGAACCACUGCUCGAGAUUAGUGGCUACCUUGUGGAGCUGCGUAAGCAAAGAAACAAUAGUGUGCAGACUGAACAACAAUAUCUUUACGUACACCAAGUGUUGCUAAUAUUUUUGAAGAAAUCGAAAUAUUUGGACGAGGUCGUCUAUCCAUACUUAGAGGCGUUCACCAAAGAAUACGCUGCUGCCACGAAAGGCUUCUAA